GUACAGCCAUGUUGGUGCAGGCAGCAUCCUCCUGGUGACGUCACCCAAGCAGCUGGGCGGAUGGCGCUUCCGGCAGAUCAGGAAUUCCCUGAAGGCUGAGGAGGAGAGGAAACGGCUGUCUGUGGAAUGGCUGCGGUUUGGCAACAGGUGCUGGCAGUGGACGCGAGGUAUAACGCUUACCGGACUCCGACUCACCCCCAGUUCCGCACGCAGUAUAUCCGCCGGCGCAGUCAGCUGCUGCGGGAGAAUGCUAAAGCGGGAUACGAUGCGCUGCUGCGGCGGCAGUACCUGAAAGUGCGGAGUCAGCUCCUCGCUCAGCGCUACGGCCCCCUCUCCGAGCAGAGCAGCUUCCGCGCUCACAGCAACAGCGUGCGCGGCUCCCGCACCACCUUGGACCGCAUGGAGGAUUUGGACGAGGAUCCGCGCUCCCAGGGCGGUCGGGGCCACAGGAGGUCCGUCAGUCGUGGCUCCUACCAGCUCCAGGCGCAAAUGAACCGCGUUGCGCAAGAUGAUCGGGCUCCCGGCAGCCUGGUGCCGACGCCGCUCGCAGAGGCAAGUCGGGCGAUGGCCGGAGACACGACCCUGAGCGAGAAUUACGCUUUUGCCGGCAUGUAUCACAUCUUCGACCAGCACGUGGAUCAGGCCGUCCCCAAGGUGCAGUUUGCUAAUGAUGACAAGCACCUUUUGGCCUGCUGCUCGCUGGAUGGCACCAUCUCUGUCUGCCAGCUGGUGCCCACCCCCCCCGCCGUGCUGCAGACCCUGCGCGGACACACCAGUCCUGUUAGUGAUUUUGCUUGGUCUCUGUCCAAUGACAUCAUCGUGUCCACUUCGCUGGACGGCAGCAUGCGCAUCUGGAACACGCACGAAGGACGCUGCAUCCGCCACAUUCCCGACCCGGACUCCGCCCAAAUGCUGUGCUGCAUCUUCCAGCCAAUCAACAAUAACCUGACAGUGGUCGGGAAUGGGAAGCACAAUGUCCACGUUAUGAAUAUAUCUACGGGAAAGAAGGUUAAAGGAGGCAGCAGUAAGCUCACGGGCCGAGUGCUCUCUCUAUCCUUUGAUUCUGCCGGGCGCAUCCUGUGGGCAGGAGACGAUCGAGGCAGCAUCUAUUCCUUCCUCUUCGACAUGGCCACAGGCAAACUGACUAAGGCCAAGCGGCUGGUGGUGUCUGAAGGCAAGGCCAUCACCAGCAUCUCUGCCCGCUCCUGGAUCAGCCGUGAAGCCAGGGACCCUUCCCUUCUCGUCAACGCCUGCAUCAACAAACUGCUCCUGUACAGGGUCGUGGAUAACGAGGGGACAUUACAACUAAAAAGAACCUUUCAGAUCCAGCAGACGGCUCAUUCUGUCCGCAGUAUUUUCUGCCCUCUCAUGUCCUUCAGACAAGGGGCCUGCGUGGUGACCGGCAGCGAGGAUAUGUGCGUUUACUUCUUUGACGUGGAACGAGCCACAAAGGCCAUCGUGAACAAGCUGCAGGGACAUAGCGCGGCCGUCCUUGGCGUGAGCUUCAACUGCGACGAAAGUCUUCUGGCGUCCAGCGAUGCCAAAGGGAUGGUGAUCGUCUGGAGACGGGAGCAGAAGUAGGACUCCGAGGGCGACUGUUCAAUGCGGCUGCAGUCCUCCUGACGUGGGUCCCCAGCCGGGUGGAGACUCGGGGCCCCGAUGCACGUAGCCAUUUAUUUAUUAUGAUUUUGGUGGCCUCUCGCAGGGCUGUGGUACGAUUCUGAUGUCCGGCCUGUAGGUUCAUGGAAACGUCGUGGGCUGUUGGGAAUCAAUCGUUCGGCGGACUCCACUUUCUUCAGGGGCAGUUACAUGCGUCUUCUCCAAAUAAACUGCCCCAUCCUCACCUUUCUCCAGGGGCUUCUUAUUUCUGCCCCGGUACGGAUCAGCAGUCACGUGGUUAAUGGUUGGAGCUCCAGCUCCUGCAUCUUACAUCCUUCCAUGAAGCCCAUUCCAACGUGUCUGCCGAUAUGAAUUUGUACUAUUAAUUGUAAUGCAUUAAAAGAUGCUUAAGGCCCUACACUGCUGGGGGCUGCAUCCCUGUGUCCACCACUCAUAAAAACCAGAAAUAAAUGGGAGAAGGAAAAGGACCAGUCCUUCAGUAAAACCUAUCCCUAUAGGACACGUUAACAAUGGAAGAGACAAUGUACUGAGCAGCUACACAACCCUCAGCCCAUCACAUGCACGCGGGUCUCGCAACCAGGACGCUGUGUAUAUAUAUAUGUAGAUGUAGGUAUACAUACAUAUAAAAUCUUUCAAGACUGUGGAGGUUCUGUAAGGUUAUGCAGCUCUUCGUAUUGUUCUGUGUUGACCCAAUAAAAAAAAAAAGCUAUAAACUCCAA